AUGAAAGAAGGCAGCCGAUAUUCCCCAACCAGCCACUCCACCCUCGUCGAAGAAACCAGAAGCCUCCUCCGCGCACUCCCACACCGUCGUCGCUCAGACGCCGGGAAAUACAGCGUCCUACGCGUCGUCGCUUCCUUUCCCGCAGAUACCAACCUCAAGCGGUGUGUAGAGGAAGAUCCGGACGAGGAUGAUGGCCACCCCAUCGCGAGUCUGAACAUGAACCUCGUCAAACAACUCACGCGGAAAUUGUCGCCUGUGGAUUUUUUGGAGGUGGUUUAG